AUGAAUCAGAUCAAUUUGCUGUAUUACUACGGGACGUUCCCCAACGACUCCCCCAAGGGGACCGGCCCCUACGGCCAGUGGCUCAGCUACUUCACGCCUCCUCACACAACCCUCUCCCCGCGCAACCGCGUGCACCUUGAUCACGCCCUUCCUCCGCCCCUGGCCCCUUCUGCCGGCCCCGCCGCCGCUGCCCCAGAACUGACUCUUCGCAUUGGCGGCGGUUUUGUUUUCCGCAGGUCCAUCACUCUGCUCGGCGCCGCGGGGUUUGUGGCGCUGGCCAACACGCUGCGCCGCCUCGGACGCGAGCGGCGCGCCAAGCGCGAGCGCGCCCUGUCCCUCGCCGGCGGCGGCGCCGGCCGCCGCACGGUGACGGGCGGCGCGGCGGCGGGCGGCGCGCCUUUGCGCCCGGCUGAUGGGGGCCGUGCUGGGGCCAUCGGCGGCGGCCAGAAGGCGGGGCUGUUCCCGGCUGGACGGCCCUACGCCAAUGGCAGCGGCGGCGCGGUCGUCAACGGCGGCGGCGGCGGGGCGCAAUGGGACCAAGCCGCCGGCCGCAACGGCGCGGCCGCUGCGGCGCCCGGCGGCGGCGGAGCGGCGAGCGCGGCGGGCGUGCGGGGCAUGGCGGGUGCGGGGGCGCUUGGCAGGGGAGGGGCGCUGGCGGGUGGGCAGGAGCAGGGGUGGCCGACAUACCCUGUGGCAGUGCCGCGCGAGGAGUGGUCCUGA